GCGGCCUGAUUGAGUUCUCCGAACGAGAUAUCGCGAUGCAUACAAUUUGAAAGUACUUAUUGCGUGAGAACGUGCUUUUACGUGAAUUGAUCUUUUAUUUGACAUGUUAGUUGGGUAAAUCAUGACCACCCCAGCACUUGGACCGAGUAAAAGACCAAGUUUAACUCAAGAUCGAGAGAAACUCCAGAAAGACCAGCAAGAAGCUAUAGGAAAAGCUGUCAACAAUGUUGAAUCUGCAGUCAAAGAGAAACACAUCAGAAGUGCAAUUAUUGGAACAUGGCACGAGAAAGGAGCCUCUAUUUUUUGGAACUCAUUGGGAAGGAUGCCCCUCCCAUCCCAAGUUAUAAUGUGUUGGAAGGCAAUGCUGGUGAUACACAAACUGCUAAGAGAAGGACACCCAAAUGCUUUGAAGGAAUCCCUUAAAUACAAGCAGAUGCUGAAGGACAUGAGAGAUUUUUGGAAACAUUCAACAAAGGGUGGAUAUGGCUGGUUAAUUCACAGUUACCUUUCAAUCUUGAUAGCAAAACUGGAGUUCCAUCAGAAGAAUGAAGCUGUCCCUGGUACACUUCGAAAUAGUGAUGGUGGACCACUUGUCUACACUGGGACAGAUGUAAAUGCCUAGUAAGAUACCUUCAGGUUUUGUAUGGGUCCUGGAAAAUCUGGAAAGUCCUGGAAAUCUACUUUACUCAAACAAGCAAUGAAGUUUUUAGAGUUUACAUUAUGAGAAAUGUAUGUAGA